AUGAAUCCUCUAUAAAAAAUAUAUUUGUAAGCCUUGAUUAACCAAUCCCAUUAAGAAUCUUCCUAACAAGUAAAAUAAGAAGAGAAUAGUUAGAAAUAAAAUGUAUAAGUAUUUGAAUUCAAUAUCUAUAUAGUAUUUACAAAAACAGUAACUUUUAUAGAUAAUUCAACAAUGUUAAACUUAAAACUAGCCAAUUUAACAAGUCUCGUAAUAUUUUUAAAUAAUCAAAAAAAAGCAAGCCUCCAACUUUAAUUGAGGUUUAAAAUUAAGUCACGUCUUACUUUUAGAAAAUCAUUCUUCAGAAACAGACUAUCAAUUUAAAAAAUGUCUUAGAAGUUCAAUUACCAUAUUUUAUGAUAAUCAUGAGCAACCUCAUUAUAUAUGGAUUGGAGAAUUGUUAAGCAGAUAAAGAAAUCAUAAAAGACUUAGUGUCAUUAUAUAAAACAAAUCCAUUAAAGAUAUCAAUGAGUUGUUCACUAUUCUAAACAGUAGCACUUUUGUUCCGAUCCGAAGUCAUUAUUUAUGAUCAAAGUUCUAGAUUAUUAUUAUAAAAGGUACAAAAUAUCUUGCAAAUUUCUUGCUCUUUAGAGAUGAUUUUUGUGAUAUUUUUUUCAAUGCACUAUAUUGUUAUUAAAUAUCAUAAGGUUAAGCAGUAAGUCAGCAGAUUGGAUUUACUCAAAUACAUCAAAUGAUAAAAAAAUAACAAGAUGAUAUUUGGACAGCAUUCACAUUUAAAUUACUAAGUCAAUAGUAAUAAAAGAUAAUCAAAGAUUAAUUUUUAUUGUAGUUUAAUAGAUAUACAUAAUUAUUGAAUAAUUUUUUCACUAAAAGUAAUUUAAUAAUGGAUUUUGUUGCAUAAAGUGUUAAAUAGACAGCUAAAUUACAUAAUGAUUAAAUAUUUUAAGAAGUAUUUUAUUAAAUAACUACUUAGUAUUUACUUAUUAUGGGUAGUUUUAAAGCUACAACUUAAGAUUUCUUAAAAAAAGCAAUUUAAGUAUUUUUUGAAGAUACACCAGAUUUAGAUUUACUUUAAUUUAGUUCAAAUACAAUUAAAAUUCAUAAAUAAAUGAAUUGUUAGAUUCUAUUUAUAUUACCUAUGUUAUUGCAAUUAGAAAGUUAAUAUUUAGACCAUAUAAUAUAAAAUGGAUUACCUGAAAUUAAAGUUCAAAAUAGUUCAAAUUAUUAUUUAAAAAUGAUUGAAAAACUUAAAAGCAAAUGUGUUUAUAAUGGUGAAGAAGAAUGUAAUUGCAAAAAGUGUUAAUGGUAUUAUAUCACAUAAAUCUAAUUAGUAUAAGAAGAAAUAGAACAUCAGCAAAAGAAUCAUAAAAAAAGAAGAGAGAAGCUUUAGAGAAAAUAGGACCUUUAUAGGAUGAAUUUAAUAAAUUAUAAAAAAAAGUAAAAUUAUAGAAUAAUAAUAUAUAAGGUGAAACAUUUAGAAACUGAAAAUUAAUAUAUGACAACAUUAAUAUUAGAAGUAUUCAAACAUCCAUCUGUCGAAAAAUUAGCUUCUUAAUUUCUCGAACCUCUAACUAAAAUAAUAGCAGAUUCAGAGUCAAUGGAAGAAUGUUGA